UCUUCUUUCUUCUCUGUCUUAAACCCUGGUUCUGAAUUAGGGUUUAGGCUUUUUUUUCUUUUUUUUUUUUGGUUUUGAUGAUUCAAGCUUGAGUUGAAAAAAUUAAAAAAAUAAAAAAAUAAAAAAAGAGAAAGAAAUGGAGGAAGUGAAGGAAAAGAGUGUGCCAAUUCUUCCAUGGAUGAGAAGCCCCAUUGAUGUGAGUCUCUUUGAAGAUUGCCCUCUCAGUCUUGUCCCUUGUCUUGACCACAGGUUGGAGGUCGCUUUGGAGAAUAUGGGUAUCUCUUCACUAUUCCCAGUGCAAGUUGCAGUGUGGCAAGAGACAAUAGGGCCUGGUGCUUUCGAGCGAGAUCUCUGCAUAAAUUCACCAACAGGAAGUGGGAAGACCUUAGCCUAUGCUUUGCCCAUAGUGCAAACGCUGUCGACUCGUGCUGUUAAAUGUUUAAGGGCUUUGGUAGUGUUACCAACACGUGAUUUGGCGCUGCAGGUUAAGGAUGUUUUUGCAUCCAUUGCUCCUGCAGUAGGCUUGUCUGUUGGUUUAGCAGUGGGUCAAUCUUCAAUUGCUGAUGAAAUAUCGGAGCUUAUUAAGAGGCCUAAGCUUGAGGCAGGCAUCUGUUAUGACCCAGAAGAUCUUGCAUACGAAUUGCAAAGUUCAGUGGAUAUAUUGGUGGCAACUCCAGGAAGGCUUAUGGACCAUAUCAACUCCACUAAGGGAUUUACGCUUGAGCAUCUCCAUUAUCUUGUAGUUGAUGAAACAGAUCGGCUGCUCAGGGAAGCAUACCAGUCUUGGCUACCAACUGUGCUUCAGUUGACUCAAUCUAAUGAUGAAAGCCUCUUUCCUUAUGCAGAUUCUUUUCUUUCAUCUACAUUUGGUUCCUUAAAAACCAUAAGGAGAUUUGGCGUGGAAAGGGGGUUCAAGGGUAAAUCUUACCCUAGGCUUGUGAAGAUGGUUUUAUCUGCCACAUUAACACAAGAUCCAAGCAAGCUUGCUCAGCUUAGUCUGCAUCACCCUUUGCUGAUGACAACAGGGAAAAGGCGUUACCAGCUCCCUGAAAAAUUGGAAUCGUACAAACUUAUAUGUGACUCAAAUGUAAGGCCACUGUAUUUGGUUGCCCUUCUACAAGAAUUAGGAGAAGAGAAGUGCAUUGUUUUCACCUCAUCCACCGAGUCAACUCAUCGCCUUUGUACGCUGCUAAACCUUUUUGGUGAUUUAAGUAUAAAAAUUAAAGAGUAUUCAGGCCUUCAGCAUCAAUCUGUAAGAAGCAAGACAUUGAAGGCAUUCCGGGAAGGGAAGGUGCAAGUACUUGUAUCCUCUGAUGCAAUGACUCGUGGAAUGGAUGUUGAAGGGGUGAGAAAUGCCAUUAAUUAUGAUAUGCCUCCAUAUAUAAAGACCUAUAUUCAUCGAGCUGGUCGGACUGCUAGAGCAGGUCAAGCUGGGCGUUGCUUCACAUUGCUCCAUAAACAUGAGGUAAAACGUUUCAAGAAGAUGUUAGGGAAAGCGGACAAUGCCUCCGUUCCUCAUUACUCUGUUCCUUCAAGUUCAAUUGAGUCACUGCAUGCUGCAUAUAGCUCUGCCCUAGGAAAACUGAAAGAGACAGUCGAAUCAGAAGCGUCUAGGAAGAGGAAAAUUGGUUCCAAGUUUUCAAGACUGAGCAAGAGCAAAAAAACAGACCAUCAGAAGGGAUGAUCUAUUGCUGCUGAGGCAAGAAGUUUUUGUUACAACAUAGAUCAAUUUUCUAGAUGGAAAGGGGCAUUGCUUGACAUGAAGCCAAAAUUUCAUAUUCUCAUGCUUGAGUGCAUGGGCAUCUUACUGGCAACUUUUGCUGAUAAGCUCAGAUUACUUUUUCCAAGACCCUAGUUUGGUGUAUGGAAGCUGGGUGACACUUUUGCAUACCAAAAGCUGAAAGCAGAACUAUUACACAGAUCUAAAUCUGGUGCAAAAAGGACGAAAUUUUGAGAGCUCAGGGAAGUUCAUGCUGCUAACAAAGUUCAGUCAUGUUCAUGCAGUUAUAUGGAAUACUGUUAUACCGAAUUGUAUUUCAACUUAUAGUCACUGAAUGGACUGAAACCAUGAGAUAACUCCGGUACAGAUAUUCUAGAGUUAUGGUCAUUGAUUAUAUUGAGAACAUGCUGAAGAAGUCGAAACUGAUUCAUCCUGUCUUAGUUAAAACAUGCUUUUUCAAUUCAUAUAAUGCAAUCAUUAGAAUGUAGAA